AUGUCGACCAACGCAAAAGUCAAGCCCGGCCAGCUCUGGGGCAAGAGCAAGGACGACCUGAAGAAGCAACUCGACGAGCUCAAGGGCGAGCUCGUUUCCCUCCGUGUCCAGAAGAUUGCCGGCGGUGCUUCCUCGAAACUCACCAGAAUACAUGAUCUCCGCAAAUCGAUUGCCCGCGUUCUCACAGUCAUCAACGCCAACCAACGACACCAGCUCCGCCUGUUCUACCAGAAGAAGAAGUAUCUUCCUCUCGACCUCCGACCCAAGCAGACCCGUGCCAUCCGUCGCCAAUUGAGCAAGAAGGACGCCAGCAGAAUCACCGAGAAGCAGAAGAAGAGACAAACGCAUUUCCCCCAGCGAAAGUAUGCUGUCAAGGCCGAGUAG